CUGCCUGCCUGGCGCCCCCCCACACAACUGGAACCAAGAAGGCCGUGUCCUCCUUCCUCUGGCGUCCUUCCUGUCUCCUGCUGUCAGGUAAUGCCAACCUUGACCCCCUGGACCAAGGGCACCAAUCGCCCAGUCAGCCUGUGCUCCCCUGAACGUAAUGCAGGUCAGACCUCUGAGGAAGCCCAGACUCCUCUUCCCAGAGAGCUUCCCCUUUCUUGGUCAUCAAUUCCCAGAUUGUGCCUCGUACUCUUCUGGGGUGAGGAAUUGCUAAGAACAAUUUCUUCCCGAUGCAUCUGGGAUUGCCACUUAACUGCCUCUUCCCCUUCCUCUCCAGCUUAGGGACACCUGGGUCCAACUUUCACAGGGAAUGCAGGGAUGGGGGUUGGAGAUGACUGAAGCCCAGCGCCAAGUGUAAGGAAGGUGGAGAGGGAGUAUGUGCAGGGAAAGGCUAAAAUGGUACCAAGUGGGCUGGGGGGUGGAAAUGCCAGGCCCAGGUUCUUCUGAGCCAUGUGGCUGUUCCAGGGACAGAGGGUGGCCCCUCCCUACUCAGGGGCCCAGCCAAGACUGACCUUUGACCCCCACCCCAGAGACCAGUGAACCAUUAACUCCUCUCUGAUGUGAACCUUCCCACACUGGUCCCACCCCUGACCCCGCCCCAAGGGAGGUUGGCUGGAGGUUGGGGGGUUGUCCAUCCCAGCCUGACGUGGCUUCCAUUCCACCUGGGCACCUGGAGGCUGAGCCUGGCUCCCCUCCCUGACUCAGGAACCUCUUAGCGUCUACAGCAAGCCUGACGGGGACCUGAGGGCAUAGUCCUCAGAAUGUUCUGGGAGAAAUAGAAACCAGAGCCAGAGCCUCUAACCCGUUCCCCCCAAUAAUGGGGCCCCCAGUGAGUCAUCUUCUGGCUGGCCUGUGUGUGUGGGUGGCCUUGGGCUGGGUAGGGGGCUCAGCCCCCAACCUGGGCCCUGCUGAGCAGGAGCAGAACCAUUACCUGGCCCAGCUGUUUGGCCUGUAUGGGGAGAACGGGACACUGACUGCAGGGGGCCUAGCACGGCUCCUCCACAGCCUGGGGCUAGGCCGAGUCCAGGGCCUUCACCUGGGACACCACGGGCCUCCAGCUGGUCGGGCUGCACCCCCAGCUGGAGACAAUUCCACGCACAGGCCACAGGACCCUGACCUGAGUGUGGAUGUCUGGGCAGGGCUGCCUCUGGGUCCAUCAGGAUGGGGUGACCUGGAGGAGCCAAAGGCCCCACCACCACCCCAUGGGCCAGCCCCCGCGGGCCUGGGCCUCUUUCACAGGCUUCUGCUGCUGGACCAUUCGCUAGCUGACCAUCUGAAUGAGGAUUGUCUCAAUGGCUCCCAGCUGCUGGUCAACUUCGGCCUGAGCCCCGCUGCUCCUCUGACCCCCCGUCAGUUUGCUCUGCUGUGUCCAGCCCUGCUUUAUCAGAUCGAGAGCCGUGUCUGCAUCCAGGCCCCAGACCCACCCCCCCCAGGGGAUCUAUUAUCUGCCCUGGUUCAUAGCGCCCUGGCCGUCCUCCUGCUCAGCCUCCCUGCUCCCCUCUCCCUGCUCCUGCUGCGGCUCCUGGGAGCUCGUCUACUGCGGCCCCUGCUGGGCUUCCUGGGGGCCCUGGCCGUGGGCACGCUUUGUGGGGACGCGCUGCUACACCUGCUGCCACAUGCACAAGGAGGGCAGCACGCCGGACCCAGCGGGCAGCCAGCAGAGGACCUGGGUCCAGGGCUGUCGGUGCUCGGAGGUCUCCUCCUGCUCUUCGUGCUGGAGAACACACUAGGGCUUUUGCGGCGCCGAGGGCUCAGGCCAAGAUGCUGCAGGCAGAAAAGAAAGGAUCUCGGAACACCGAACCUGGACCCAGAGGAUGGCAGUGGGAUGGCCCUUCAGCCCCUACAGGCAGCUCCAGAGACAGGGGCUCGGGGCCACAGAGAGCAAGACAGCCAGCCCCCACCAGCCCCUGUCCCUCCUGGGCACCAAGGCCACAGUCACGGGCACCAGGGGGGUGGUGGAGCCAACAUCACGUGGAUGGUCCUCCUGGGAGACGGUCUGCACAACCUCACCGAUGGGCUGGCCAUAGGUGCUGCCUUCUCUGAUGGCUUCUCCAGUGGCCUCAGCACCACCCUAGCAGUCUUCUGCCAUGAGCUGCCCCACGAACUGGGUGACUUUGCAGUGCUGCUCCAGGCAGGGCUGUCCUUUCGGCAGCUGCUGCUGCUGAGCCUGGUGUCUGGAGCCCUGGGACUGGGGGGUGCAGCCCUGGGGGUGGGGCUCAGUUUGGGCCCUGUCCCCCUUACUCCCUGGGUGUUUGGGGUCACUGCCGGGGUCUUCCUCUAUGUGGCCCUCGUGGACAUGCUACCAGCCCUGCUUCGUCCCCCUGAGCCCCUCCCUAUGCUCGAUGUGCUCCUGCAGGGGCUGGGUCUGCUGCUGGGGGGCAGCAUCAUGCUCACCAUCGCCCUGCUGGAGGAGAAGCUACAGCCCCUGGUCUCUGAUGGCUGAUGGGGGCCA